UCGGCACUCAGUUCGCACCGCGCGCUGCCUCCCCUCGACGACCGCGUGCCUGUACCGCCGCGCCGCGCCAAACUUACAAACUCACUCUCCAAAACCUGUUCCCGACACAAAAAACAUCUAUUACGAAACAAGAUUCACUUCGAAGCUCCCUCGAUGACCUGAGACGGUCCGCGUUCGCAUCUAAAAACUUUAUCGUGCCCGUGAAAACUCGGACGAAACUUUUAAAAGUUUUCGACGUGUGUAAGCUCCGGUCAUGGUUACCCGAAGUUCUCAAUAAACCGGUCGUUGCGAAACGCCGGCUCGUGUUAGAGACAGGGGCGCAGACAAUGUGCACCAAUGUUUAGGAAGGGGCGCAAGGUCCGCUACAUCCGCGUGAUCCUCAAGGCAGGCGCGUGGAAGCGCGUGCCGAUGAAGCUGCUGAAGUGGCGCCGCAGCAUGCCGUCCACCAAGCGAUACGACCUCGUGCCCAACGACGAGUACGAUACCAGGAUCCCUUUGCAUCCCGACGAGGCCUUUGAGUACGGGAUCACUUUUCAUGCCAAGUAUAUCGGGACGAUGGACGUGCCUCGCCCAACGAGCCGAGUUGAGAUCGUGGCUGCUAUGCGCCGCGUCCGUUACGAGUUCAAGGCGAAGGGCGCGAAGAAGCGAAAGGUGACCGUGGACGUGUCCGUGGACGGCGUGCGCGUCACCACGCGAACUAACUGUUCUAACCAGAAGAAGCGGUCUCGUUUCUUCAGUCGCAACAAGAAGUCUACAACUGAGUGCAUCGAGAUUAUGCACCAUCCGAUAUAUCGCAUCUUCUACGUAUCGCAUGACAGCUCCGACCUUAAGAUCUUCUCGUACAUCGCCCGUGACGGUGCCACAAACGUCUUCAAGUGCAACGUCUUCAAGAGUACGAAGAAGAGCCAGGCCAUGAAGAUCGUUCGCACUGUAGGCCAGGCCUUCGAAGUGUGCCACAAGAUGCAGGCAAACCCUCACGAAAAUCCCGUACCCUCCACCUCCUCAGCGCCAGAUGAGCUUGCCGCCGCCGAACUCGCCAGCGAGCCUCCGCCGUCCAAAGAGCCCGAGACGGAGUGCGGCGUUUCGGAGCCGGGCAGCGCCGCGUCCAGGGCCGCUGAAGAGCCGCGCGGCGUCCACGGUGCGGCCCAGCGGCCCAAACACUUGGACCUGCUGCCACCACCGCCGCAGAAAGAAGUAAAACGCUCCACACAGAUAGCCAAACCAGUGCCGAGUAUCAACCUUCCAGAACUGCCGGAAUGCGUCACCAAAGUGGACACCACCAACCUGUCGGAGGGUGAUGCCGUGACCCCUCUUAGUGCGCAGCACCAUGUCCAAUUGUUGCGCGAGCGGCUUGAGCAGCAGGCGCAACAGACGCGUGCAGCGGUUGCGCAACUGUUGCUGUUGCGCGACCAGCUCGCCGCGGAACAGGCGGCGCGAUGCGAGGCCCAAGCUCGCACCCAUCAACUGCUGAUUCACAAUAAGGAGUUAUUAGAACAUAUUGCCGCUCUCGUCGCACACUUGCAAGAGAAAGAGAAAGGGAACAGCCGACCAAUCAGCGCUCAGCAACUAACACUGUUGCCACAGAUAAGAGCCGCGGCUGGAGCAAGCGAUGCCGUCAUGGAGACUGUCUCCCCCUGCAACGGAAACUGUCGACCGUUCACCAGCGAGGCUCUGAUCGAAUUCAUCGCUCAAAGUAACAAAAUGAACCAGAACGUCGAGAAUAACAACAUCAAUCUGUCGAACUGUCGCCUCGACGCAACUGCGACCGACAAACUGGAUGGUGCUGGCUUGUCGCCGAGCUUCGGGAACAUGACCAACGACCAGAUCCAGAACUACUUAAUAUCGAAGUUCCGAGAUAUGCCCUUCACCAACGGCACGGAUGUACAACCAAGAACCAACAAACAUUUCUUCCAAAACUGCAAAGCGUUCCCGCACAUCCCGCCCCUGAGCCAUCAUUGCAGCAACUCCGACCUAGCGAGCCUUCUGCGCCAACAGUGCUCCGCGGACAAGUCGAGUUCGAGUGACGAGCUGGGCGCCGUAGCGCAGGCGAUGAGCGUGGGGCACUCGCAGAACUCGCUGUACAGCACCAGCCAGCCCACGACGUCCAAGGACUCCUCGCCCGACAGCUCGAGCUCCGACGAGGCCGUCCCGUUCAUCAUGCCGCUGUCGCACAACGGCACGCUCACGGCGACCGGCGAGGAUGGCCGCGUGCGGCUCAUCGUGCCCGUCAGCCCGUCGAGCAGCGCCGCCGGCCUCACCGAGCCCGCGCCGACCGUCCGCCCGACGCCGGUCGGCGCCACGCUGCAGGUGCCGGCGCCGGCCGCUCCCAUCACACGCUCGACCAGCGAAAAAGUACCAAAUCGGAGCGAAAUGAUGACCGCGCUCCGAUCACAAUGGACGAGGCACACCACGAAGUAAAUUAGUUCAUUAAAAAAAAUUGAGUCCAGUUACCUAAGUUUUUUUUACCCGAUUACGGCGAAGCCCAAAUGGAAGAAUAUGUUUUUAAGCUGUAUUUAUGAAUGUAUGUCCGUUCCUAUGUCUGCUCGUAACUUCUCAACGGCUCAACCGAUUUUGAUGAAUGAUACCUCACUAGAUUCGUCUUGAUGACGCGAGUGGCUACAUAAAUCAAAAAAAUCAAAAUAGCCGAUUUUAUGCGCUUUAAUGUCCGGGCUGAAAAAGUCGCAGUCGGGGGUUUUUGAAAAUUUUUUAAAUUACAUGUUUUUUUUAAGUUGGUCCCUCUCCCCGUUAAAAACGGUGCUAUACAAACGUCGGUGUUUGAAUAGGGAGUAUUGAGAGAAGAGUUGAGACUAAGAAUGUGCCAAACCCAAUCUUGAUCUAUCCAGAGAUGGAUGAAGAUGAUCUAAAGAUGAAAAUUAAAUAAAAGCGAAGCAGAAAGACGCAUUCGAAGGUACCUAUACAAAUCGUGAAAUUGGAACAAACUGUCUUCUAGCUGCGCCAAAUUCGUAGUCUGUAGUUUGUACCUAGAUAGCAACCUAAUUUACAUAUCAAAUGUAAUCUAGUCCGACAUAUUCUUAGUUUAAUACGUCUGCGUCCCUUGCAUAUCUUAAUUUAUCAUAUCAUAAACCGAAUCUAGUACUUAAUUUUGUAUUCAUGAUAUCGCUGUGGGAACUUACUUGAACCAUAUCGAUAUUGUGUUCUGGACUAUAAGUUUAUAUUUAUACGUAUAUGCAUAUUUUUAAAAGUGCUAUAUAGUAUUUAAUUGUAACUUAUAAAUGUCAGUAUAUUAUAUUAACUACCAAUUAUUUUUGAAUGUUAUACCUGAAUCCAAUUCAACAGAUAUUUUAGGUAGGUAUACGUAAUGUCCAUAUCGUAUUUAUUAUACAUAAUAGAUAAUUACAGUAGUUUAGUAAAUCAUAAUAAUUAUUCGGAAACAUUUUGUAUAUUUUUAAAACAAAAACUUCAGUACCUACUCAGUUACGUAUCAUUUAAAAUGUAACAAAUUCAUGCCAAAGAUUAAGUACCAAAGUCCUAUUUUGUUCUAGUAAAAAGAAAUAUUAGGAUAGUUCUAUUAGCUAUAAGCUGGUUAGAUAUACUAAUAAAAGAGCCUAGAAACAGUAUUAGGGCUUCAAUCAUAAAAUGUAGAAACCCUGAAUCUUUCAGUUAUAAAUUGGUGAAAUGUAUAAAUAUAUUAUAUUGUAUCACUAUUAUGUCUAGAUUUUAUGUUGAAUACAUAACAGGUAGAAUAAGAACCCAGGACCGCCAGAGUUACUUAUUUUCUGAGAAACUAAAUGUGUGGGAUAGUGUAUUACUUUCCGUUGGAGGUAACUUAUACCAAAAGUUAUUUAUUAAUUUUAUCUUAAUCGUAUUUUUUAAGAUACUCAGACUUUUUUAAAACUCUUUAAAAAAUGUAUAAAAAUCAACACUCAGACUAAGAGAAGCGAGUAAUGUUUGCACGUAUCUUUAGCAGCUGAUGUCUCUAAAGUCGUCCGCACAACCUAGCAGUUAUGCGUACAUACGCUAGAAGUACACACUAACACUAGGUACGCUAUCCCACACAUUUCGUUUAGCAGAAAAUAAGUAAUGUCUGGCGGUCCUGGGAUCUCGGACCAAAGGAGGCAAUUGCAGUUACUGUAUGUCAUGUAGAAAAUGUAAGUUCACAGUAUUAUUAAAUUAUAAAUUGUGAUACCACUUCUCUCGCCAUAUUAAUUUGAGCAUAAAUAAGUGUACCCGUUUUGUCAAUUUUACUAUAUAUAUGUUAACUUUUUAAAUCUUAGCUGAUGCCCGCGACUUCGUCCGUGUGAACAGAUGCGUGAAGAUUGACUCUAUGCCGCAUCUUUGACCAUUUGAUACAAUAUGAAAGUAAGGAAAAAGAAAUUGUACAGAUUUAUUUUAAUUAUCCUCGAGCUUCGAACAACAAUUUUAAAUCGGUGUUGAAUAUACAGGUAGGUCUAGGUAAUAAAAUUUGAAAUCACCGUCAGGGCCGGCACAC